ACAAGCACGUGGGGUCAACUUCAGUGUUGAGGAAGAUAAGCUGCUUGUAGCAGCAUGGCUCAAUACCAGUGUUGAUCCUGUGUAUGGUAAUGAGCAACAUAAAACAACAUUUUAUGGUAAAGUUGCCAAAUACUUUAUGGACCAAAAGACUGAUUCUACACGUAGUGUUGCAUCCCUAACAACCCGAUGGGGAACAAUUAAUAGGGAAACAGUUAAAUUUGUUGGGUCCUUAGCUAAAAUUGAAGCAAAGAAUGAAAGUGGAACCACGGCUCAUGACAAGAUUGAGAAAGCAAAGGAAUUGUUUAAAGAAAUUCACGGUUCCGUUUUUCAAUUUGAACAUUGUUGGCUAAUCUUGAAAGAUUAUCCAAAGUGGGCAUCUACUAUGCCUAGGGGAGAUUCAAGAAAAGAAAUGCCUCAAACUCCAGAUUUAAUAGAUCAAGGAGUGGGGGCUGAUGGCAUUAUGGAUUUCGAGAGGCCAAUAGGUAGAAAAGCUGAAAAGGCUAAUCGAAAAAGAAAAGAUGAUGGGCAAGAUAUUGCAACGCAAUAUUUGAAAAAGAAAAUGAAAGUUCUUGAAGAAGGUUGUGUAGCCGAAAAAGAGAGAAUACGUAUCAAAGCGGAAAAGGUUCGCUUGCAAGAGUUGAAAGAGAAUGAAAGAAUUAUGAUGCUAGACACAAGUGGCAUGAAUGAAGACCAAAAAGCUUUUUAUGAUGGACUCAAAAAGGAAAUCCUUGCAAAACAAAGAUCAAGUCAUUCGUUGGGUUGAUGAUGUUGGUGAUAUCUUGUUCCAACCUUAUUUUGGUAGUAACUAAUUCUAGGCCGUGAUAUGUAUUUUGUGGCAUUUUUUGGUUGUAGCUGACUUUAGGCCUUGAUAUGUAUUUUGUGAUCUUACCAAAAGGUCUUGACUCUUUUAUUAUGUAAUUUUGUUGUAAAUUCUAGUAGGCCACUGCCAUGUAA